UAUAUAACUUCUCAGUUCAGUCAGUCCAGUAGUUAAUCAAGUUUCACAGCCAACAGUCGCAAUUUAAUAAAAUUGUUGAAAAAUGAGUUGCAUUUCGUGUGGCCUUACGUGGGCCGUUAUUAUUCUGUCCUCGCUGUAUUUCAUAUUUAAGUUGGCAAUGAAAAAGUACCAAUAUUUCAAGGAAAAAGGAAUUCCGCAUGUUCCUGGCGUUCCAAUUUUUGGCUCUCUCUACAGCACAAUGAUGAUGCACAAAUCGAUUCCGGACUGGUUGUUAGAAGUCAUGCAUCAGUUCCGAACGCAUCGAUUUUUUGGCAUUUACGGUGUUAUGGGACCCACUUUUGUGUUGCAAGAUCCAGACUUGAUUAAACAAAUUUGCGUGAAGGACUUUGACAAUUUUACCAAUCACCCAAAUAUGCUAAGUACGUCGCACGAUGAACUUCUGUCGAACGCUUUGAAUAUUUUGCGCGAUCAAAAGUGGAAAGAUAUGCGAUCGACACUCAGUCCCGCCUUCACAGGCUCAAAAAUGCGAAUGAUGUUCGACUUGAUACGUGAAUGUGCCGAUGAUUUUGUGUCUUAUUGCAACAGCAAAGUAAACAGCGAUAAGACAAUGGAGAUCGUAACUAAAGAUAUUUUUUCCAAAGUGACAAUAAACAUUAUUUCCAGCACUGCAUUCGGUUUGAAGGUCGAUUCUGUGCGUGAUCCCCAAAAUCCCGUUUUUGUUCAUGCCACACGUUCCUUCGACAUUCGCAGUUUAAAGGCACAAAUUAAAUUUUUAAUGAUCGGAGGUAUGCCCAAAUUAGCAGAUUUCCUGGGUGUUAGUUUUACGCCGAAAGACUCUCAAAAAUUCUUUAAGAAACUCGUCAAGGACACCAUUGAGCAUCGUCGCAAGACAAAAGAAACUCGCCCAGAUGUCAUUCAGCUGCUGAUUCAAGCUCAAGAUGGCACCUUGAAAUACGAGACGGAGGAAAAGGACGAUCAUGGGGGAUUUGCUGUAAUUGAAGAAUCGGACAUUGGCAAGAAGGAAGUCAAGCAAACGUGGAGUGAUACUGACUUGGCGGCACAAUGUUUCUUGUUUUUCGUCGCUGGUUUCGAUACAACGUCCACUCUUCUCACCUUUGCCAGCUACGAGUUGGCGGUUAAUGACGAGGUGCAGGAAAAAUUAUUUGCCGAAAUUAAAGAGACGAAACAAAAACUCAUGGGACGCCCAAUUAACUACGAGCUUUUGCAGAAAAUGGAAUAUUUGGAUGCUUUUGUGUCGGAAGUUUUGCGUGUGCAUCCACCUGGCUUCCUAACCGAUCGUUACUGCAACAACGACACCGAAAUCGAAGACCACGAAGGAAAGAAAUUCACAAUUCCCAAGGGAUCGAUGAUUUGGUCCAACAUCUAUGGCAUUCAUCAUUCCCAUAAAUAUUUCCCGAAUCCCGAGAAAUUCGAUCCCGAACGAUUUUUGGGUGCCAACAAGGAAAAAAUUAUUCCCAACAGUUACAUUCCAUUCGGGUUAGGACCCCGCGCAUGCAUUGGCUCACGAUUCGCCCUGAUGGAGGGCAAGAUAAUCCUCUACAGCAUUUUGUCAGAGUUCAAAUUCGAAGUUUGUGAUAAAACUUUGGUUCCGAUGCGAUACAGUGGUGGAUUUGGCAUGGGACCACGAGUUGAUUUGAUUGUUCAAUUAAAAAAACGUUAAUAAUCUGUUAAAAAAUUCUGAUAAUUCAAUAAAAAU